GCUUUACAGUAAAUUAAAACUUCUAUAACUUUUUUACACAUUCACUUCAGCAAUAAUAUGCUGAGUGUAUUCUUUAAAAAGAGACCAACAUUAGGUUUGCAUUCCAAUAUUUAUAAGAGAAUAAUUUUCUAACCAUAUAAAAAGCACACAGCAUCAAUUUGGCCAAAAAUUCUAUUUCAUCUGAACAAUUACGACAUCAAAUAAAAAAAUUAAACAGAUGCUCAGCUAUCAUUAUUUUAAAUGUAAUAAAUAAUAAAAUAUAUAAGUUUUAAAAAUGUUUUAUAUAUAUAUAUGAAAUUAUUUAAAAUUUUGUAGAAUUAUUUCAAAUAAUUGGCUGGUCCCUCUGUUAGAUUAUACAGUUCUCUACUGUCUGUAAAUGAGGAUUUUUUUAUAUUGAAAUUGUUAUAUUGAAAUUGUUUUUUUCCAUUUCUGUCACUUUGAGUGACCAAAAUCCUCGCUAUUUUCUGAGCCUGACGGCAACACAUACAAACAGAUGUAAACGCAUUAUAUUAACCAUAGCUGUGAAGUCGCUGUCACCUCCUGUGAUCCCCUUCAAAUGGAAAAAGUUCUCUGUCAUUGAAAAUUGCGUUCAUCAUUUAUUAACCCUCAUGUUGUUCCAAACGUUGUUUUUUCCAUGGAACACAAAAGGAAAAUUUUCGAAGAAUUUCCCAUACAACUUUCAUAGUUUCCAUGUCUGUUAGGCUCAAAAAACAUAACAGAAUAGAGGUAGUCCAUAUGACUUGUGCUCUAUAUUCCAAGUCUUUAAAAGUAACAGUCCAAAAUUUAAAUCAUUAUUCACUGAUUAUCUUCCUCUCAAUUAUCCGGUCUCAGUGGUUCUUUAGUUUAUUGAGAUUAUCAGCGAGCUGUUCCUCACACAAAUCAAUAUAAUGGCUUCAGAAGACUAUGUGUUGUAUGGACUACUUUAAUGAUACAUUUAUGUAUUUUUUGUGUGAUUUUUGGAGCUUUACAGCUGUGGUCACUAUGAGCUGUAAUUGUAUGAAAAAGAUUUACUUGUAGAUUUUAGGAAAAUUAAAAAGAGAGAACUGUAUUUUGAUGAACUAUUCUUUUAAUAAUUAUGCAAAUUAAAAGACAUGAAAUUGGAUGUUAGUGCAUUUUAUUAAAGCCAAGGAUGAAUGACCCUAAAAUCUCUCAGACAGCAGGGUGCCUCUCCCCCUCAGUGUGUCUGUCUGUCUGUCACUCUGUGACUUCAGGUUAAGGGCAUGUUGAGUAGCUUAUCUAAAAAAAGGCCAAGCAGACUGGCAAUCUUUUAAAGAGGAGGAGGGUAAUGGUAGGGGCCUCUAAAAUACAACCAGCUGUCUCUGCCCUCCAUCACUCUGAGGUGAACCGGACAGUAGACUGGAGCUGGUCUCCAAACAUACACUCAGACUUUCACACACGGACGCUGGGUGUCUAGGGAUCUCCAGGUGGGAUCUGGUGUCCAGGUGACACUUUAGUAUCGUUGAGGAACCGAGAGGAAACGUCAGACCACUAUAGCUGCAGGCAGCGCAGGUGUUUCACAAUCAGGAGAGACACACGCUGACGGUGAGACUGAGACCUUGCCUCUCAAGCAGAGACUGGCCCUAUACCAAGCUGCCGCUACCAAGGAGGAGAGAAGCCCAUCUGUGGUCAUGGACAGCUCUGAGCCGUGCUCUCUGCCAGGCGGACUGGCCAGCGUGAAGAAACAGUUUGAAAGCCAUGAGCUCAGUUCCUCUUCUGCAUCCCAAAGCACAGUUACACAAUACCACUACCAGCAGAGACAGCAGGUGGUGAGCUCAUCAGAGGUGAUGGUACGAAGCAGUGUUAAAGAAAGUAGCACCUCAAAUGCUCAGGUUUCCCUUGACCAGAAUGUUCAUCAGAGUGUGGCCUCAAGUUUUGGGGAUCAUUAUGAUGAGAAAGUGAUGGUAAUUGGAGGAGAAAAUUUGCCAAAAGUUUCUACACAAGCUCUGAAACAGCAACAUGAAAAAAAUAUUGAGGAGGCCACUCCACCCAAACAUAUCAAGAUUGAUCUCGAUUACAACCAGUUUCCUUGGGCCCCAGUAAAUGUUUCUUCAAAGACUACUGCCACAGGUAGCUACGAGACCACGUCUGUCACUAAAACAAUGCAAGAGGCCUCUACCUCCUCUGUGGCCUCCUCACAAUAUGAGGCCGUGGAGAACUACUCACAACCAGUAUCUGCUACACAUCAGAUUCAAGUGACUUCCCAAGUCCCAGGACGUUGUCUUUCCCCUAAGCCAACAGAUGCACCUACUUCAGCCAAAUAUGCAGUCAAUAAAGAGGAGUACUCUAAGCAGAGGAACCUCUAUGAACUUAAGCGCCUCUACAAGCACAUUCAUCCAGAAGUGCGUAAAAACCUGGAGCGUGACUUCUUCACUGAAGUGACAGACACAGAGCAAACUUAUGUGGACAGUGAUGAGGAGGUGAGCAGAGACAUUCAGCAAGCACGUUAUGUUUUUGAAAACAGCAGAAGUACCAGUCCUGGUAAGUGCAUAAGCCCAGAGAGAGAGUAUUUGGAGUGGGAUGAGAUCCUGAAAGGUGAGGUUCAGUCAAUGCGUUGGAUGUUUGAGAACAAGCCCCUAGAUUCCAUUAAAGAUGGAACACCAGAUGAGGAUGAGGGCAAGAACAUAGCCCAACAAGAAAUUAUUGCUGGAAAAGAUGUGAAGUAUACCACAUGGAUGUUUGAAACACAGCCCAUCGAUGCUCUAGGUACAGAAAAAACAGACUCAGCAGAGCACAGUGGGAAAGUAGAGCUUGCAAGGGGAGAUGUCCAGACUGCAACAUGGCUAUUUGAGACACAACCGCUAGACACACUCAACAGAAUUUACCAAGAGGAUGAGCAAGAGACACAUGUGAUGUAUACGAAAGACAUUUCUGGGGGUGAUGUGAAAACUGCUAGGUACUUGUUUGAAACACAGCAUCUGGACACACUUGGCCACACUGAGACUAUUGAUGAAAGUCACUUCCUGCAGCUGAAGUCAGAGCUUGAAGAAACCAAGGGUGAGGUAAAGAAGACAACCAAGAUGUUCGAAACACAGCCCAUGUGUGUCAUCCGAGGUGACUCCGGUGAGAUGCUGGAGAUUACCAAGGUGCGACGUGAAGAAACUGAAAAAGGUGAUGUCAGGACAUCACGCUGGCUCUUUGAAACUCAGCCACUGGACCUGAUCAGCAAAGAUCCAAGCCAGGUAAAACUAAUCUGUGGGGUCUCCAUGGAGGAAAACUAUCAGGGUGGGGUGAACAGGGGAAGAUGGCUGUUUGAGACAAAGACACUUGAUCAAAUUAAAGAUGAGGAAUGGGAAAGCACAAAGACUCAGAAGCAGGAGAUCUUAGGUGCAGAUGUGAGGAGACACUGCCUGAUCUUUGAAACACAGCCAAUGGAUAAACUUAAAGACAAUACCAAUGCAAGACCACUGGAGCCAGAAGACAUUAUGGGUGGUGAUGUUGCUUCUGCUAGGCAUUUGUUUGAAACAGUGCCAAUGGAGAAUCUGAAAGAGUUACCAGAAGUUGGAAAGCUGCAAAAGGUGAUAGCUUCAGAAGAAGAGAAAGGUGAUGUGAGACACCAGAGGUGGUUGUUUGAAAGCAAACCUCUUGAGCAGAUCAGAGAGGAAAAGAAAGAGAUCACAAGGACUAUUAAUCUAGAGGAGCUUGAAAAGGGUGAUGUCACAAAUUACAAAGAGAUAUUUGAGACAAUGGACCUGAGCAAGUGUACAGAUGCACAAAAAAUACAAGUGGAGGGUGUCACCAGCGGCUCAGUGAAAUCAAAUAAAGUGUUCUUUGAGUCAACACCCUUGUAUGCUGUACAGGACAGCUCAGGACACUACCAUGAGGUCAAAACCGUGCGAAGAGAGGAAGUUGUGAAAGGAGAUGUGAGAAGCUGCAAAUGGAUGUUUGAAACUCGUCCCAUUGAUCAGUUUGAUGAGAGCAUCACUAAGUUCCAGAUAAUCAAAGGAAUAUCUAAAGAAGAAAUCCAAUCAGGUGAUGUCAAAACUGCUAAAUGGCUUUUCGAAACCCAGCCCCUUGAUGGAAUUAAAUACUUCAACUUAGAGGAAGAGGACAACAGGAAAAAUGAGAGCAUUGAGAUCCAAAGAGGUGACGUUAAAACAUGCAGAUGGUUGUUCGAAACCCAGCCAAUGGAUGUAUUGUAUGAGAAAGUAGAGACAAAGACUGAGGACCUCACAGACAUCCAGAAAGGAGAUGUAAAAACUUGUACAUGGCUUUUUGAGACUCAGACUCUUGACAGCAUCAAAGAUGAGUCUGAGACAAUCCUGAAAACUUGCACAGUAAAGCAAGACGAUGUACAAGGUAAGGAUGUACGUCUAGUGCGUUUCCUAUUUGAGACCGAAAACCUGGAAAACAUCACAGACGAUGAGGAUCAUAGUGGCUUUAAGCGAAUCACUGAGAUUGAUAUUCACUCUGGAGAUGUAUCACGGAUGAAGUACAUCUUUGAGAAUCAGUCAUCUGAUAUAAUGACUUCUACAUCAGAGGAGACCAUGCAGAAACUCAAAUGCCAUCAAGCAGAGGACAUUCAGAAAGGAAAUGUGGUGAACUGUACCUGGAUAUUUGAAAACCAACCAAUUGAUUCCAUCAGGGCAAAUUCUGAGGAAUUCAAGGAGUCACGCACAGUAACGGAUAUUCAGGGAGGUAAUGUUGAUAAAGGUCGCUUCAUUUUUGAGACAUACUCACUGGAUAAGAUUCAGGAGGAAUCAUCUGAUACUGAGAUCAGCAAACUCCAAAGCAUCAUACACAAGGAGAUUGAGAAAGGGGACGUAAAAAACUACACCAUGAUGUUUGAGACUCAACCACUGUAUGCUAUCAGGGACAAAGAAGGACACUAUCAUGAGGUUACUACAGUCACAAAAGAAGAGAUUCUGCGAGGAGAUGUGGUUGGGGCAAGAUGGUUAUUUGAGACAAAGCCCCUUGACUCAAUUAAAGACACAGAUGAGGUUUAUGUCAUCAAGGCUGUUACUGAAGAAGACAUCCAAAAAGGAGACGUCAGCACAGCCAGGUGGAGGUUUGAAACUCAGCCUCUAGAUGAGAUUGCAGAGGAUAUGAAAGUCGCUGUUAAAACGGUAGCAGACAUCCAAGGAGGGGAUGUGAAAACAAACAAGCAGCGUUUUGAAAUGGAUGACCUAUCAAAAAAAUAUGUGAGAACCGUUAGUGUCAGUGAGAUUCAGAGAGGUAAUGUGAGAAGCUCCACAUGGAUGUUUGAAACUCAUACCAUUGACAAGAUCCGUGGUGAAGGUUCGGAGUAUGACGAGAUGGAGAAGGUGACACGUGAAGAAGUGGUAAAAGGUGAUGUUAAGCAGUCUGUGUGGCUGUUUGAAAAGGAACCACUUGAUCGUAUCAAGGAAGUUGAUGAAACGGAUAUUGUAAUUUCUCGUGAGGAAAUCCCAAAAGCCGAUGUGAAGACAACAACAUGGUUAUUUGAAACUACCCCCCUAACAGAGUUUAAUGAGAGCAGUGUGGAGAGAACAGAGAUUGUUGGUAAGAGCAUCAAGACAACCCUAGAAGAGUUGUAUUCUCAGAAAAUGGUUGAGUCACAAGGGAUUUUAAUUGAGGCAGAUGAGAUUGGAGAUGUCAGAAUGGCUAAAUACAAACUUCUAAACCAGGAGACUCCAGAGAUCCAGAGAGAAGAAGUAAUACAUGGAGACCUGAACAAUAUUAUGAUGAACCUGCUCAACAGACGAGAGACAACAGAGAGGGCAAUCACCAUAGAUAGAGAAGAAAGAGGAAAUAUCAACUCAACUGUCCGACAGCUCUUUAAUCAGGAUAAGAGUGAUAAUGUUGAGAAAGAGGAAAUUAUCAGAGGAGACAUCCAAGAGGCAAUUAAUAACUUGCUCAAGCAGGAAGGAUCUUCCAAACGUGGCAUUCUCAUUCAAGAAGAUGAGAAAGGAGAUGUGAGAAUGACCAUCUACUCACUUCUCAAUAAAGAAAGUGAGAGCAAUGUUGAGAAAGAGGAUAUUGUUAAAGGAAAUAUUCGUGGAACACUGCAUAGGCUGCUGGGUAAUUCUGAUGCAAAGGACCAAUCCUCUAAGAUAACUGUGGGAGAAGCAGAGAGGGGAAAUGUCAGUUUUUAUUCUACUUGUAUUGAGUCUGGGGCACUGGACUACCUCAGACAACUUCAGGUGGGGUCUGAUGAAAUUGUUCAGGAAAAAAUUAAAGAAAAGAUUAUUGGAGGUGAUGUAGAACAAACAAAGCAGAUUCUAAGAAGAAGCCAGCAGACAAUAGGACGAACGGUUGCUGAAGAUGAUAUUGUACCAGGUGAUGUAAAUAACACAGUACAGGUGUUUAUGAUGGAACCCGUACUAUCCCUGCAUAACAUGCAGAAAGAGGAGAUAGUGAAGGGAGACUUGAGAGCAGCUCUUGACUCUCUUACGCAAGCUGCAAACCAACGUGUUGUCAUAGAAAAAGAAGAGGUAGUCAAAGGAGAUAUCAGCACAACACUUAGGUCUCUUGAGGAGGCUCAAAACCAACUAAAAGAAAUAGAAAAACCUGAAAUUGUCCCUGGUGACAUUAGGGGUGCAUUAGAAUCUCUUGAAAAAUCAACAUCUGUAAAGACUGAGGUAAUUAUUGAAGAUUUGGUCCCAGGGGAUAUUAAAGGUACCUUAAAAUCCCUGGAGGAGGCAAAGCAGGCAGUAAAAGAGGUUGAGAAGGAGGAGAUUGUUAAAGGUGACAUUCAGACUGCUCUUCUUAGUCUUCAAGAGGCUUCAACAGAAAAGAGGGUUUUUCAGCAUCAAGUAAGUGAACAGGGUGAUGUGAAAGGUACAAUUCAGCUCUUACUGGAGCCAGCCUCAUCCCCAUGUAUGCAGAGGAGGCCAAGCACAGAGGGUGACAUCAAAUCCUCCAUCAAAUCCCUUUAUGAACAGGAGCAAAUGCAAAUUGAGAAAGAAGAGGUGAUUAAGGGAGAUGUUCAGGGCACUAUUAAAUCUCUGAUGAAGAAGAAAGAGCAAUCAAGCCACAAAUCAAAAAUGAGUAAGAAAGCUAAAGCUCCCAUUAAGAAUCCUGUUCCCCCUCAACAAGCAACUCAUGAAUGCCCGGCUGAACCUAAAACUGAGGAAAAGCCAGGAAAUCCACCUCCAGUGAGAAACAUGCAGCAGAGCAGCACACAAAAGACAUCAGAGAUCAAAUCUUCAGAAUGUCAGACUUCUUCUAAAGAUUAUCAUUCUACUACCAAACAAAUGACUACAGCUGCUCAUUCACAAGAGUCCUCUUCUCAAGGCUCUCAAAAGAUGAAUGUGAAGCAGCAACAUAUAAAACAAAAACAGAACACUCCUAGUCCAGUGUUAAUAAAGAAGAAGAAUGUUGGAGGUCAGAUGAGUGAGAAGAAAUCUGAAAUUGCAGCUGUGUCUUCAACAAAUGCAUCAGUGGAGGUAUCACAAAGUAAUAUUAGCAUGAAGAAAACUGAGGAGACAAAGACAGUCACACAGGUUCAGACGACUAAGACAACCGAGCACACCACCAUAACCCAGAAGCAGAGCAGCAAAUCAGAGAAAAAUGUUAAAAGCCUGAACCGCAAUCUCAGUCCCAAAGGAAUGAUAAAAAAAGUGAAGCCACAUCCAGAGAUUCACUUUCCACCACCUCCGAGUUCUCCUCCACCCCCCUCUGAGUCAGAGCUCUCUCUGCCUCCUCCUCCCUCACCAGUGGCAGAAAGUGAUGUCCAGUCAGCCCUCUUACCACGCCCUCCUCUGGUUACGAGACAGGACAGUGACCUUCCCCCUCCACCACCUCCACCCCCUAUCAUGGAGACAGACACUGAAUUCUUUCCACCACCUCCUCCACCCCAAGACCUCCUCCCUCCUCCUCCAUCUCAACAGGAACUCAGCUCGGCCACUCAACCUGGAAAACCAAAAGGCAGAGCUCUAUUCAAGGUGCCCAAACCUGAGCCUCCCAAGCAACCACAGCCCAAAACAUUUAAAUGGCAGAAAAAACAAACUGCACCUGCUCCACCACUUCCACCUCCUCCACCAGUGGCAGAGCAGAGUGAAACAGUUGCAAACAUAACUGCAGUUACUGAAACUACAGAGAACAUCACCAAGCAAACAGGACUAGUUAAAACAAUCGAGCCUCCAGCUCCACAUAUUGCUAAAGCUUCAUCAGCAAUACCUGUGCUACAACCAGCAGCUGAGGAACCACCACGCCCUAAAAAGGUUUUCGUUCCGCCAAUUAAACUCCCACCUCCACCUGACACUGCUGCUCCAAAACCAAGACCUUAUGCAAGUAAAUUCAAAACCCCUCUCAUGCUUGCAGAAGAGAAAUAUCGCAAACAAAGAGAGGAGGCUGAAAAGAACAAGGGAGAAAGUACUCCCACCUCACCCCCACCUACUAAAACAUUUGAUGUCAGUGAAAUGAAGGCUGAAGCAGAGUCAAGCACACAGAAAGCUGAAGAGCCUCAAAUAAUUUUUGAGACACAGCAAGAAACAUCUAAAGUACUAGAGCCUAAGCAGAAGCCAGUCAUGUUGCCCAAAGAAACAUCAGAAAAACUUGCCCCCCCCAAAAGCCCACAGGCCCCUCCAAAGCAAAAGCCACCUGCAAAUUUUCAGAUAAGCAAACCUUCAAUUCCCAAAGUUGGUAAGAAAACAACCACAGAACCAUCCAACACUGUAGCAGAUAAAAAGCAGGCAUCUAUCACUGCUGCCUUAGAAAUUAAAAGCCAUCCAGCCCCUACAGUCCAUCCACACUCUGUUACAGAGCAAAUUGAGAGUACAAAAGCUCACUCUGUAAAACAAGAGAGCAUCCAGGCCACAAAAAGUAUUCAAAGUCAGAUCACUGCUUCUGCUCAAGAAGAAGAGAUCAAGAGCCUAGAGACUUGUGCAGCUCAAGAAGUCAAGAAGGUUCCCUCUCAGCCCACAAAGAUCCCAAAAGUGACCCCUAGCUUUAAGGUGAAAACAUUUAAGGUGCCUAAGGUAGAGAAGCCAGAGAAACAGGAAGAGGGAAAGGACAUAGUUCAAUCAAGUGUGCAAACAAGUGUGUCUCAAGUGUGCAUAGGUCAGGAGGGCCUCCAAAAAUCCACCAGUGCCAUGGAAAAAACUGAAGUAAAAGUUGAGGAAAUGAGACAAACCAAGCAAGACACCAAAAUGGAGGUCCAGUUGAAGAAAAAAAGACAAACAUCAGUUAAGCAGCCACCACCUGUGGCACCAAGACCAUCAGUUGAGAUACAUCAAAUACAACCAGCAAUAUCUAUAGAGGUACAUCAAGGUCAAGGGCAGACAACUGUCAUUCAGUCCCAUCAAGCAGUGAGAGAGGAACAUGUACAGAUUCAUGAAGAGAGGAUGGUCACUCAGAGCACAGUUCAACAACAGAGCACUCAACAAAAAAGUAAAUUCCAGAUCAAAAAGCAGGUAAAGCCUCCACUGAGGCCUCCAAGCAGAGAGGAGGCCAUAAAACAGUCAAUGCAGAAAGAGGAGCAAAUCAAAACAGAGAUUACAGAAUCAGCAGAUUCUGAAAAGAGUGCAUCAAUGACAACUGAAAUUUCUAAUGCACAAAAAUGUGAAGAGAUUCAAAGAUUAUUGAGUUACAUCAAGGAGUUUGAAGGAUCCCCUGCAAAAAUGAAUCCAAAGUCAUUAAAGACCAUGUUGAGUAUCAUUCCUGAUUGGCUAGUCACUUCUGAAGAGAAGGCUGAUUUAAGCCGUACUCAGUACAACAAGCAGAAAAUGAUAGAGGUCAUAACCUACGUACAGAACCUUGCCCUGGCUAAACUGAUUUUUUUAGAGGGAAAUUUGUCUGUUUCAGAGUUGGCAAAAAGUGAGUCACCACAGGAGAAGAAAAUAGUAGGUGGAGCCACACAAAAAAUAUCUAAGAUCACUAUUGGCUCAGCGAAAAUAGAGACUCAGAAGAAAGUAGUGGAGGAAAAGAAGACAGAGUGCCAGAGUGAAUCAAAGACAGCAGAGCACAAAAUGCCACCUGAGCUAAGAAUGCGGACACCGUCACCAACGUAUAUCUGCAUUGAGUCUGCCAAGAGGACAGACUCUCCCUUGAGAGUGACUCCAUCACCGCCUUCCUCUUACAGGUCGGGCGCCACACCAACACCUCCACCUCGCUGGUCUGAAACACCAACACGCCUAAACCAAUCCACACCCUCCCCCACAAUGAGUCGCUCUGAGAAGUUAGCUAAACUAAGAGAUACCACAGCCAAACUCUCACAAGGCAUGACUCCACCACCCAUGCCUUUGCCAGAGUACAUGAUAAAGGCCCAAACUGAUCUGGAAGGGUCUCGCUCAUCCAGCUGUUCAGAGAUUACCUUUGAGACUCAAAUGAUGGAAUCAUCUCUGAUGGAUAUCACAGAUAUCCACGGAGACUCAAUGAUGACCGUGAAAGACAAGCGUGAGUUCUUUGAAGAGGCUCAGAAAGCAGAAGUCUCUCGUACAUAUGUACGCAAGGAUCCUAUUGACAUCCCAGAGCGUCUUGAACCAGAUACAGAAGAUAAUGAGUCAGAGAUCCCGAGAUCCAUAGAUGCACAUGAGAGAAUGUUAGAGGACUUGCCCAAGGUUGACCUGUCCAGGCUUGUUAACAAAUUUGAGUCUCCCCAGCCUAAAGUUUAUGUUCGAAAAGACCCCAUUGUGAUUACUGAGAGACUUGGAAGUGACACAGAAGAUCCUGAACCUGAGAAGAAGUCAGCCUUAGUGGAGGACAUACCAAGCUUUGAUAUUAAGGCCCUCAAGAAUGUCUUUGAAAUGGGUGAGCAAGCCCACCAAUACCUAAGGGAAGAGAGAAAGAAUCUUGAGAAACAAGAGGGAGCACCUGAAGGAUUUUCUGAAACUAAAUCUGCAACUGAGCAGUUCUCCACAGUAGAUGAGUUUGGAAACACUGUAACGGGCUCAAAGACUGAAACAACCUUCCACUCUGAGAGUGUGACAACCCGAGGUGAUCCACCAACUUAUGCAGAUGUAGUAAGAGGGAAUGUUGCUGUCCUGGAUGUUCCACCAGAGGCCUCUGCAGAAGAGUUAUUAAAGAGCUUCCAGCAGACAUGGGCAGAGAGUGAAAACGUCUUCAAAAACCUGGGCUUCACUGUGUCUGAACAACACAGAUUACAGACUGUUUCACAUCAGCACCAGACUGUUGUCACCGAAGGUACGGGUGCCAGAGUCCGAACUGUGUCAGGUAUGUCGGAAGAGGGUGUAUCCCAUGGAGUCUCUAAUAGCAGACAAGCAAAACUUCCAUAAAAGCUGUUUUAGAUGUGCCCACUGCAGCAGCCAGCUCAGUCUUGGAACCUAUGCUUCUCUCCAUGGACGAAUGUACUGCAAGCCACACUACAAACAACUUUUCAAGUCUAAAGGCAACUAUGAUGAAGGGUUUGGAGAAAGGCCCCACAAAGAACUUUGGAGUACAAAGAAUCAGAACAA